AGAAAGGGUCUUGUACCGGUGACGCACACGAUGCCAUUCGAAUGUUGCGCGUGCUUUAGGUAGUGAGCACAACUUGGAUUACUGCAGUUUCCCCCACUUUGCGCAACUGGGACGUUUGAACAGUCAUUUUAACAGGUCGUUUAGUUGAAUCUACCCUACCAGAUGAUCUGGAACAGUUGGUUACUUCACUUGCUGCCCCCUGCGGAUGAAUAGAGCCCUGCCUCCAGGCCUGUGCAGAAGACAGCACAGCUCCCCCGAUGGCUCCAGCAGCUUCGCUUCAGCCGGCCCCCCCACUGCUCCGCCUCCUGGGGGCUCUGCUCCGCCUCCUGGGCGCUCUGCUCCUGCUGGCUGGGGGCGGAGCCAGCAGCAGCUACCCCGCCCAGGCUUCAACAUCGCCAUGCCACCGGGUGGACCAUCCGGUCUUCUCCCACUCAGAAAUUGAGCAAUGGACCCAUAGGUUCAGAGCCGAAGGCACGAUGGAUUACUCACAGCUGACCUUUGACCCUGGCCAGAAGGAGCUGAUUGUGGGAGCCAGAAAUCACCUCUUCAGGCUACGUCUGGAGGACCUGUCAUUGAUUCAGGGGGAGCAGUGGCAGAGUGAUGAGUUUACUAAAGCUGCCUGUUUCAGUCGUGGCAAGUCCGAGGAGGAGUGCCAGAACUACAUCCGUGUCCUUCUUGUUAAAGGCGACAGGUUGUUCACCUGUGGAACUAAUGCAUUCACUCCUAUUUGCACCAAUCGCACGCUGACCAACCUGACGCAGGUGCACGAGCAGAUCAGCGGCAUGGCGCGCUGUCCCUACAGCCCCCGCCACAACUCCACCGUGCUCCUGACCGCCAGCGGAGAGCUGUACGCCGCCACCGCCAUGGACUUCUCCGGCCGCGACCCCGCCAUCUACCGCAGCCUGGGGGGCCUGCCCCCCCUGCGCACCGCCCAGUACAACUCCAAAUGGCUCAACGAGCCCAACUUCGUGUCCUCCUACGACAUCGGGAACUUCACCUACUUCCUGUUCCGGGAGAACGCGGUGGAGCAGGACUGCGGGCGGACGGUGUUUUCACGCGUGGCCCGCGUGUGCAAGAACGAUGUCGGGGGGCGCUUCCUGCUGGAGGACACCUGGACCACCUUCAUGAAGGCGCGCCUCAACUGCUCCCGCCCGGGCGAUGUCCCCUUCUACUACAGCGAGCUGCAGGGCACCUUCCUCCUGCCCCAGCAGCAGCUGCUCUACACCAUCUUCACCACCAAUGUGAACAGUGUUGCGGCUUCAGCUGUGUGUGUGUUCAACCUGAGCGCCAUCAACCAGGUGUUCAGGGGACCAUUCCGGUACCAGGAGAACUCCCGUUCGGCCUGGCUGCCAUACCCCAACCCCAACCCCGACUUCCAGUGUGGCACCAUAGAUUACGGCUCGUACGUCAAUCUGACGGAGAGGAACCUGCAGGACGCCCAGCGCUUCCUCCUGAUGCACGAGGUGGUGCAGCCGGCGACCCCCACCCCCCGCUUCCUGGAGGACAGUGUGCGCUUCUCCCACAUGGUGGUGGAUGUGGUGCAGGGCAGAGACCAGGUCUUCCAUGUCAUCUACCUGGCCACAGAUUACGGAACCAUCCGGAAGGUCCUGGCUCCUCUGAACCGGUCUCUGAGCAGCUGUGUGCUGGACGAGAUCAAGCUCUUCCCUCCCAGGAAGUCUCAGCCAGUCAGAAGCCUCCUGAUCCAGCCCAGGCGCAGUGUUCUGUUUGUGGGUGUCCGGGAUCAGGUGAUCAGGGUGCAGCUGAAGCGCUGCGGUUUCCACAAGAGCAGAGAGGCAUGUGUGGGAGCCAGAGAUCCCUAUUGCGGUUGGGAUCUUGUGCUGAAGAGGUGCACCACAUUGGAUGAGAAUCGCAGCAUUAGCCAAUGGGAGCAGAGCAUCACCGAGUGUCCUAGGAAGAACGUGACCGUUGAUGGAAGGUUUGGGCUGUGGUCUGGGUGGCGGGCCUGUAGUCAUAGCGACGAGGGGGCGGCAGGGUCCUGCCUGUGCAGAACCCGGUCCUGUGACAGCCCCAGUCCGCAGUGCGGCGGGCGAACGUGCACGGGCUUGAGCGUCGAGGUCACCAACUGCUCCAGAAACGGCGCCUGGACUCAGUGGUCUCCCUGGGCGCCCUGCAGCACGAGCUGUGGCAUCGGCUUCCAGGUCCGGCAGCGCGCCUGCAGCAACCCCUCCCCUCUCCACGGGGGCCGUGUGUGCGUGGGGCCGGGCCGCGAGGAGAGGUACUGCAAUGAGCACCUUCCCUGUCCCCCGCACGUUUACUGGUCGGGCUGGUCGCCAUGGGAACGCUGUUCGGCGCCCUGUGGAGGAGGGGUGCAGUCACGGCGGAGGGCGUGUGAGAACGGGAACGAGUGUCCCGGCUGUGGCUUGGAGUUCCAGGCCUGUAACAGUUUCCCCUGCCCGGACCUGAAGAAGACCACGCCCUGGACUCCCUGGGCUCCGGUGAACAUCUCCGACCACGGCGGCCAUUACGAGCAGCGUUUCCGCUACACCUGCAAGGCCAGCGUGCCCGACCCCUCCCUGCUGGAGGUGGGCCGGCAGAGGAUAGAGAUGCGCUACUGCUCCAACGAUGGGUCCACCGGGUGCUCUACUGACGGAGACCUCCUGCGGUCCAGCCGGAUCACCUCCCCCAUGGUGAACGGCGGGUGGUCGCCCUGGGGCUCCUGGGCCCAGUGCAGCCGGGACUGUGGGCGCGGUAUCCGGAACCGCAAGCGUGUCUGCAGCAGCCCUGAGGCCAGAUACGGGGGCAUCCCCUGCCUGGGGCCCGCUCUGGAGUACCAGGAGUGCAACAUCAACCCCUGCCCUGUGGAUGGUGGUUGGUCGUGCUGGUCCCCCUGGUCGAGGUGCUCCCUCCCGUGUGGAGGGGGACACUACACACGCACACGGACCUGCAGCAGCCCCCCUGCUGCCUACGGAGGAGACAUCUGCCUGGGCUUGCACACUGAGGAGGCCCUGUGCAACACCCAGCCCUGUCCAGAGAGCUGGUCUCCAUGGUCACGCUGGUCGCAGUGUGAGCCCACAGGCUUGCAGGUCCGUGUUCGCCACUGCAACAUCCUCUUCCCCACUGGAAACCAGUGCACAGGGAACAGCACAGAGACCAGGACCUGCGCCUACGACUCCAACCUGAUCCCAGAAUCCAAUGCACAGUCCAGUUUGGAAAAGAGACGUUGUGAAGCUGAUUUUAACUGGUUUCAUAUGCUGGCUGUGGGACUCAGUAGCUCUAUCCUGGGCUGUCUGUCCACUCUGCUGGUCUACACCUACUGCCAGCGCUACCAGCAGCAAUCCCACGAUGCAACGGUCAUCCACCCCGUGACCGCCGCCCCGCUCAACACCAGUGUCACCAACCACAUCAACAAGCUGGAUAAGUACGACUCUGUGGAGGCCAUUAAGAUUUUCAAUAAAAACAAUCUGAUUUUAGAGGAAAGGAAUAAGUACUUCAGUCCUCACCUGGCAGCGAAGACUUACGCUAACGCCUACUUCACAGACCUGAACACCUACGAUGACUAGCCUUGGGCUGCUUCCUGAUGACUUCACCCUCUGCGAUGAGUUUUUUACUCAUGGAUUUGCAUUGAAAUGUUCAUCUUUUUCUAUGGACUGCAUUGUGGUUACUUCACUAGUAGCCCUAAAGUAAAGAAGCUCUUAACUCCCAGCCAGCCAAAGGACAUCAGUACUUUUUCAGAUGCCUGGGGGAAGACUUAUUUCAGUGACUCCUCUCAACUCUGCAAAUGCUGCAGUGAAGGCCUGCUGGGGGUAGGAGGGGUGACUUUGAAAAUGUGUUUUUGUUGCAAAAAAAAGAGGAAGGAAACUCUUUUUCUAUCUUUCAGAAAACCUGUGGAGAGAUGGUACUGGAUGACUGCAUGACUUAACUGAACAUGUUGCCUGUUGCCUCAUUUCUGCAUGGUCACCUCAUCCCAAAGGCGUCAGGUUCUGCCUGCAAAUUACAGAGAGAUGGUAAAAAGUCUGAAUAAGAAUAAACCUUGUCCUUCCGAAACAAGGGACAUACGUGUUAAAGAAUGUGUCCUCCUCAUAAUUCGUCCUGGCAAGCUUAAUGAUGGCAGGAGUAACCCUGUUUAAGGAGGUGACAUCACAAUGAAAAAACACACCAUGUGGGGAAAGAGUUAGCAGAGCUACCGGAACUCUGCCAGCUCCUGAGCUCCAUUGAGUUCAGUAGGGCUGGAGGUGUGUUUAGGGAAUAGGGGAGUGGUUGUGAAGAUCACAUCUGCAGUAAGGAAACAUUUUGACAAGGCUGUCAUUUCUCCUGAUGGAUCUGUCUGGCUGCCACCCUUCUUCUGUCCUGUGGAGUAAGAACUGAUAUGUGUCGGCUGUCCAGCGCUGUCCAACCAGGGCCGGGUUAGACAGCUGAGGUGCGGGUGGGCCUCUGGAAAUAUGUAUUCAUAUUGUCUUAAUGCCUUUGUUGGAAACUGUCUAAAUAUCAUUGUGAAAGUGAGCAGUGAAUCCACUGUCAGUCAUAUGGCUUUGUAGCUUUUUGUUAGCACAGUGCAGCGUACGGCCCAAAUUCAUUCUAACACACCGUGUGCUUUUUGUCUUAAAAAUUGGAAUAAUAAAUUGAAUGUUUGUUUGUUACUUGAAAGAAACUGUUUGUUUUUUUUGCUUUCACAGCUGCUGUGAGUUCAGCAGGUUAACUAUACAAAUAUGAACUUAACAAAAAAUAACAGCUUAUUCGUAACAGUUAAAGAUAAGGGCACAAUGAAGUGAUUCAUGGUAGAUUGAAUCUGGGCCUAGAUCUUUGGCAGCAUUUCAAGCUCAGAACAGAUGCAUGUUUUAUUUUAAUUGCUAACAAGGUUCAGUCUCAGUGUUCAAGGAUCAAUCAACCACACCACACCUUAAUGCUGAGAAAAAUAAUUGAUCUUCAGCACACAUUUUUUAUUGUUUGAAAUGACCCUGGAAAAAAAGAAACGUUGUCGUUAGAUUUAAUGAGAUAACGUGAAGAUCACACUCCUUUCUGUGGAGAUGCUUGACAACAAAGUAACUUUUUUCUUAACACACACUGAAAGUGAUUUAGUUUACAUUAUAACCGAUUAACCUUAUUUGUGCUCAUGCAACAAAUUAAUGAGAAGCAUUUAUAGAUGGAAUUGAUUAUAUACCUUAAUUGCUUUUAACAUAUUUUGUAAUAAUGUAGUUUUAUUGUGUAUUUCAACAGAAAGUGUUUGUUUCUUAGGAAAUAAAUAUUAAAUUGUCAUUAUGAACAA